AUGGGCGCCGUGCUGGUGGAGGAGGACACCUCCCUCAGGCUCCGCGGAUCCUCCGCGUCGGGCACGGGGUUCGAGGCGCGGUGCCCGAUCAACCUCCCGGACGCGGGGAGGGCGCUUCCGCCGCUGGAUGCGCUGGACGCCGCGGUGGAGAAAACCCCCGCCGCUCUCCCCGCCAAGCUCCGAGGGUACGCGCUGGCGCUGCUCACCGGCAGCGCGCUCCCGCCCGCGCCGCCCGUCCCCGACGGUGCGACCGCGCCGCUCGCGUGGCACCGCCAUCAGCCCAGGCUCGCCACCGUGGACGGCACCGGGCGCGUGCUGAUCCACGCCGAUCCCGCGAGCGGCGCCACCGAUCCCCCCGCAGUGCUGCGCCACUCCCUGCACGCGGGCGCGCGCGCGGUGGCCUGGCGACCCAAGGCCGGCUCGACGCUCGCGGUCGCCGGCGCGCACGGCGUGUGCGUCUGGGCGCACGAGCCCGGCGCCGCAUCUUCCGUCGCGACCCGCGCAUCGUCCACCACGGGAAAAUCCCACGCCGCGACGAACAACCGCAUCGGCGGCGCCCCCGAGUGGCGACUGACCCAUCUCAAGGACGACGCCGACGCGUCGCGCGCGUCGAGGACCGACGUCGACCCUUACGCGUCCCCCGCGGUCACCGGCGUCGGCCGCGUCGUCUCCGCGCUCGCCGCCGUCGUGCCCGCGCCGGGCCCCGGCGGAUGGGGCCUACCCCGCGAACUUUUCGACGAGAGACCCAAGGCCGCCGAGGGCGACUUCGCCGGCGGGCGCCCGUACGACUGCGUGUGCUGGUCCCCGUGCGGCAGGCUGCUCGCGGCGGGGUCCGCGGACAGAAGAGCGGUGGCCGUGUGGGAGGUUGGCACGGGCGCGAGGACGUCCAUCGCGUCGGGAGUGGCCGGCACGUCGACGCUCCUGUGGUCCCCGUGCGGCCGGUACCUCUUCGCCGCGCACCCGGCGGGCGGGUUCACGCUGUGGGAAACCGAGGGGUGGACCGCGGCGAGGUGGGGGACGGGAAACGGCGCGGUGAGCGCGGCGGCGUGGGGACCCGAACCGCCGCCGGAUGACCCCUUAAACGUCUUAGACGGCGGCGAGGACGAUAAAGAGGGCGCGACGCUGCUCGUCACCACGCGCGGCGGCCGGGGUCAGGUGUCGGCGGUGCACCUGCCGAGGCGCGGUCCCGCGCUCGCCGCGCAGCUCCUGCCGGUGGAGCUGCCGCAGCUCUCCGGGGAGGACGGCGCGGAGGUUAACCUGGACGUCGUCGGCAUGUCGUGGGACCCGUCCGGCCGCAGACUCGCCGUCGUACUCGACGGUUCGUCGAACGGCGACGGCGGCGACGGUGGAACAAACGUCGGCGCGCACAGGGGUGGACGCGUGGCGCUGUACGCCGUGCGCACGCGUCCGGUGGUGACGGCGUCGCUGCUCGGGUACGUCGAGGCGGACGGGGUUGGGUCGGUCGCGGGCGGCGCGGGGGGACCCGCGAGGACGGUGGCGAUGUCGGGGCCGGGCGGCGGCGGCGGCGACGUCGAGGCGGCUGCGACGCUGGCCAUCGGUUGGGAGGGCGGCGGCGUCUCCGUCGUGCCGCUCUACUUCCCGAGGCGAUGA